UUUUCCAAUUCAUUUGCAGGUUACUGGAAAGAUGACCACCCUCACUCGGCAGGAUCUAAACUUUGGACAAGUGGUUGCAGAUGUUCUCUCUGAGUUUCUCGAAGUGGCAGUUCACCUUAUCCUUUAUGUUAGAGAAGUUUACCCCAUUGGAAUCUUUCAGAAGAGGAAAAAAUACAAUGUCCCAGUCCAGAUGUCCUGUCACCCAGAGCUGAAUCAGUACAUCCAGGACACGCUGCACUGUGUGAAGCCACUACUCGAGAAGAAUGAUGUGGAGAAGGUGGUGGUGGUGAUCCUGGAUAAAGAGCACCACCCCGUGGAGAGAUUUGUCUUUGAGAUCACUCAGCCACCUCUACUUUCCAUCAGCUCAGACUCCCUGUUGUCCCACGUAGAGCAGUUGUUGCGUGCCUUCAUCCUGAAGAUUAGCGUGUGUGAUGCCGUACUUGACAACAACCCCCCAGGCUGCACCUUCACUGUCCUAGUUCAUACGAGGGAGGCUGCCACAAGAAACAUGGAGAAGAUCCAGGUGAUCAAGGACUUCCCAUGGAUCCUGGCAGAUGAGCAGGACGUGCACAUGCAUGACCCCCGGCUAAUCCCCCUGAAGACCAUGACCUCAGACAUCUUAAAGAUGCAGCUCUAUGUAGAAGAAAGAGCCCACAAAGGUACCUGAUGCUGACUCUUGUAAUCAUCUUCAGCCUUGUCCAAGGCUCAGAUCAUCCAGAGGAAUCAGGUGUCUACUACUGGGAUGCAACUUACCUAGUGAACAGGUGCUUUUUCAGCUGGCUCCAGUGACAAUGUCCCUCGAGCAGCUACUGAGGGCCACGUGACUAUGAGUUUAAAGUGCCCUUACUGCUCGCUUUAUAUAGAACUGACUCCUACAUGUGAGCAGGCUGUUUGGUGUGGGUUUGUGUGUGGAGUGUUUUAGUAAAUCCUCAGAUACAAAGCGGGGGGGGGAGGUAAUACAAGCUGCAGGUGGGAAUCAGAAUUUCUCAUUUUGUUUUUUAUUAGCCCAAUUUAAGCAUUAAUAGGGUAGUUCAAUUGUACAUUGAUACUUGUAUGUCAAUGACCAUUUUUGUUACCUAUGAGUAUCCAGCUGGAUAAAGCUGUGUUUGUUGUGCUGGAAGUCUGAGAUUGGGGGCCAACUUUGUUCCUGCUGUGACUGGUGAAAUCACUGGACUUACAGCAGGGAUGAGGGGGUCCUGACAUACAAUGUGUGUCCCCUGUGAGUGAUCUGUAGUUAUCAAUAAAUACUGAGCGAGUUUUACCA